CAUAGCUCAGUGGUUGACGACGGGGCCUGAAGCUGUGUGACAACAACGGCUUUUGGACUGUCAUAUGUUGGCUUUCAAAAUAUAAUUGGACCUGGUUUGGAUUCAUAUGUAAGACAGCAGGUCAGACAAAUGAAGUGACAAGCAGGAUAUGUCCUCGUUCCAGGUGGUGGGCUCUUCGCCCACCAGUGGCAUUGGUGUCAUGGAAACAUCAAACUUUGCUCAUGUUAUCUUCCAGAACGUUAAGAGGAGCUUCCUGCCCCAGGAGGCACUGGAGUGUCGCUACACCCUCACCUCCUACAUCACCCCCAACCCCAAAGACUGGGUGGGCAUCUUUAAGGUGGGUUGGAACACAGCGAGGGAUUACUACACCUUCCUGUGGUCUCCUAUGCCGGAAAACUACCAACCUGGAAGCACUGUACACAGGGCUGUGGUGUUCCAAGGCCACUAUGUUCCCAAGAGUGACGGGGAGUUCUAUCAGCUCUGUUACGUCACGCACAUGGGUGACAUCAGAGGCGCCAGCACGCCUUUCCAGUUUCGCCCAGCCACGCCCACCGAGGACUGUCUCACCGUUACCGAGGACGACAACAACUCAGACAUACUGGUAGUGACCACCAACAGCUGUGUGCUGGAGAAGCGUGUAGAGGAGGCGCAGCAGAAGCGCAGGGAGCUGUUGAAGAGAUUGCAUCACCUUCAGAAGGAGAAACAGCAGCUUCAGGAGGAGCACAGGAGGCUGCACAGAGAGAGGGAGCAGGAGAGGGAGACCUGCUACCUUCUACGCACACACAACCAGGAGCUGCUGCGCUCCUCCCAGGGCCUGUCAGAGGAGAGGGAGGAGGUGAGGAGGAGGCUGCAGGAGGCCACAGACCGGGUCAGACAGCUGGAGGAGGACCUACUGGGUGUCACACAGAGAGGACUGCAGAAAGAGACCGAACUGGACUGUCUUAGAGACAGGUUGAAGAAGCUGACAGCAGAAAGAGACAGUCUGGAGACUCAACUGAAGAACGGCAAGGACGAGAGGGACCUCUACAAGGGCCACCUGCGCAGCACGGAGCUGGAGAACACUAAGCUGAGUGCAGAGCUGCAGAUGCUGAAGGCUGUGGAGCUCAACAGAGAGGUGACCAUCACUCAGUUCCAGGAAGAACUGGACAGGCUCCGAGCCUGCGUCACUCAGAAGGACCGCGUGGAGAAAGAGCUGCACACACACGCUGUCGACAAGGCUGAGAUGGGUCGUCUGAGGGAGCAGCUUCGUCAGUAUGAGGAGCAGCUCCAGGCGUCUCGCCAGCAGGCCGCCAUGUUGGCGUCGGAACUCUGUGACUCAGCGAACGCCCGCGAUCGCACCAUGACCGAGCUGUACCACGCCCGCCUAGAGGCCGACGCCCUCCGUGCCAGCCUGGCCGAUGCCCAGGCCGAAUGCCGGAGGAUGGAGACGCAGCUGGACCACAUGAGGACCACCUCCCAGCAGGAAGUGGGUGUGGGGACCUCCAGUGAGGGGGGGUGUGUGGUGUCUGAGGCGGAGGCUGAGCUACAGAGAGAAGUGGAGGAGCUGAAGCUGCGUCUCCACAUGGCCGCUGAGCACUACAAGGAGAAGUACAGGGAGUGUCAGCGGCUCCGCAGGCAGGUGGCCAAGAUCAGCGAGGCCCAGGGGGAGGUCAAGAGAAACGCUGCCACUGAGACGACACAGGAGCCACUGACACCCAGUCCAGAGUCACCUACAGCAGGCAAUCUGUCUGCAACUGUGCUGAGAGGAGACAGUGAGAGGCCGGUUGUCCCUAACCGGCGUGACAAAAACAGGGAACACACACACAUUUACGCACAGACCGACGCACAGACCAACACACAGACCAACACACACACCAACACAUUCUCCGGCAUGGAGACCAUGAGAGCUGGGAAGAAAGAGUGGAAGGGGCGGAAUAGGGAAGAGAUGGAAAGAGAAGUGAGUGGAGAGGAGGAAGGGAAAGAAGAUGGGAGUGUGGAAGAGGAGAGGAAGGAGGACAUGAGUGAAGGAGAGGAGAGGAAGGAGGACAGGAGUGGAGGAGAGGAGAGCAUGAAGAUGGAGAGUUGGGUGGAGGUGGAGAAGAAGAGUGCUGAAGAGGUGGAUGAGAGGAGUGUGGAGGAUGAGGGGAAGAGUGCGGAGGAGGUGGAUGAGAGGAGUGUGGAGGAUGAGGGGAAGAGUGCGGAGGAGGUAGAGAAAGAACAGACAGUGGAGGAGGAGCUGGCGAGGAUGGAGGAGAAGUGGGCGGAGCAGUGUGCUAUCAACGAGACGCUUAAGCAGAGACUGGCCAAUGAGGAGGAGCGAUUCAGGAUCCAGAUGGUAGAGAGGGCCAUGGAGGUGACAGAGCUGAAGGAGAGUCUGGCUCAGGCCCUCAGAGAGAAGAAUCAACUCAAUGAGGAGCUGCAGCAGUGUCAGGGCCGACAGAGGGAGCAGGAGGCUGAUGGUCAGGUGUCAGAGGUCAAACAGCCUGUGUUGCUGCGCUACCCACUUCCCUACCCCCAGGACCCCUCCCCACCCCCCCUGGUACCCCAGAGACCUGCAGAGCUGCAGUACGGGAACCCCUACUCCACCGACAACACUCGAGACGGGGCAGACGGCGCCCUGACCCCAGAGCAGAUGCUCCGCCCCCCUCCUGAGGCCCCUGGUGCAUGCGCCCCUCCGGCCACCUCCCCGACCCCGUGUGCAGGUGCAGACUGGGAGAGAGAUGUGGUCUGCAUCCAGCCCUCCUCCUCACGAAGCAUGAGCCCCCCUGACGGACUGGAACACUCCCCCGAGGAGCCACGCAAUGUCGGUGAUGGGGAGCAGCCUGCCUGCAAUCAUCAGACCAGCAGCGGACUUACCGCCAACAGGGGCAGCUUCUGUUUCGACCCCAGUGGUGAGGUUCACAAGCGCUGUCCGUUGUGCGAGGUGAUCUUCCCGCCUCAUUUUGAGCAGCGUAGCUUUGAGCAGCACGUGGAGAGCCACUGGAAGGUGUGUCCUGUGUGCUCUGAGCAGUUCCCCCUCCACUGCCAUCAGCAGCUCUUCCAGAAGCACGUGCUCACACACUUUGACGGCCAUGUGCUAAACUUCGCCAACAUGGAGUAGCAGGGCAGAUGGGGGAGUGUGUGUGAAAGGGAAGGUUUGGAUUAAGGGAUGUAAAGAAGAAUAAAGGAACCUUUACUCAAAUGGGGGUCGAGAUGAUUUCAUUCAAGAAGGGAGAUUCGAAAUCAUUGGGGGUAAAUUGCACUUUGUUGUAAAUUGAAAUGGAAUUAACUCCAGCCUUGGCCUCACACACUUCCACGAGAACAUGCUACCUUUUAAAAACAUCAAGGACUGUGUCUAUGACUUUCUACAAGGGGGAGUUUGUUUUGCGUGAGGUUUCGGAGCCUUGGAGCUCUUUGGUUUUGUCCCAUGUUGAUGAUAUCAUCACUGGAUGUGUUUAGUAUCUGUAGGAUUCAUCUGCGUUAAUCAGCCAGUCAAUAGUACCUACUUUACAAGACUUCAUUUUCAGUUUCUACUCCCAGUCACUCUGUAGCCACAUGUAGAAAGGGAGAGUAAGGAGCACAUUGCCCCUAGACACUAAGGGCCAGUUUUGCGUUUCCCCUCUAAUGGUUAAGGUUAGGAUUUGGUUUACCUGAACCUAGAUCUGUGGAAACUUCUACCGUGGAGAGGGAGGGAGGGGGGGGGGGUUAGGAUCUUGGGAGGAGAUAUGUGGUCUUGAAGCACCUCCAGCCCAAUGUAAUGUAAAAUAUGAGUCAAACUCUUGUCAGCAAAAGACAGACGGUUAAAAAAUAAUUACUAUUGUUUGAAUUUGACUGCACUAAAAAUGCUUUAUUAUUCUGAAUGUAUGUGUGUGUGUGUAUAACUGGGUGGUUCAAGCCCUGAAUGCUGAUUGGCUGACAGCUGUGCUAUAUUAGGCCGUAUACCACAAGUAUGGCAAAACAACUAUUUUUACUGCUCUAAUUGCGUUGCUAACCAGUUUAUAACAGCAACAAGGGACCUCAGGGGAUUGUGACGUAUGACCAGUAUACCACGGCUAAGGGCUGUGUCCAGGCACUCCACCAUGCGUAUAAAGAACUGCCCUUAGUCGUGGAAUAUUGGCCAUAUACCACACCCCCGCGGGCCUUAUUGCUGAAAUAAAAAAAUAUAUAUGAGAAGUAGAACUAUUUCAAUUGCUGUUGUGACAAUGUACUCCCACAUGUUUUAGUCAUGACAGAAUGAUGUUUUACUUCCUGGUCUCCAUUCAUUGGAUAGGCUGACAUUCCACUUCAGUUGAUUGGAGGGAAGGUAACUGGAAAUAUGAACGCUAUAGAAAACUACUGUACUCUUGGCUAUGGACUCUUUCACCGUGUUAAGAUUCUAACGAUUGCCAUCUUUACCUCCUUUGUUUGGGUCAAAGUAAGUUUCUUGUGCGCGUGUCUCUGAUUCCUGUCAUUUACUGUCAGUCUGAGAUUUUACUGUUCUUUCAAUGUGACCACAGUGCUGUACUUUUGGCUUCAAAAGUUGCACACGUGUGUCUGUCAUGUCCAAAUGCGGCCCUUUGAAAGUGUGUAGGUUUGUAUGUGAGCAUUAAAAAUAAAGUACGAUGGUCA